AUGGACUUCCUCACCACCCCGCCCACCGAGACCCCGCGCAACACGUACCUCUCGCUCGCGGUCAUCACGGUCGGCUCGCUGGGCUCGCGCCGCUCCUCGCUCGCCGGGUCGGACAACAACGACGACACGGGCGGCGGCCUCGCGCGCGUCAUCUCGGGCAGCCGCCGCCUCAGCUCGAUCGGCGGAAACAACAACAGGCUCGACGUGCCCGCCCCGUCUGGGACAGGCGGCGCGCGUACCCCCGAGGCGGGGACGUGGUUCUGGCGCGUGCGGGUCGGCGUCACUGAUACCCACCUCGUCCUCCUGCCCCAGACGACGCCCGCGAACCCCGUCUUCUCAGCGCGCCCCGGCACCACCACCACCGCCGCCGCCGCCACGCAGCACACCCCGGCGCCCCUCUCGCCCCCGAAGCAGGGCGGCGACGGGCUCGGCGCGCGCUUCCUCAACUCUGUGCGCCGGUUCAGCCUCUCCAAGCCCGAGCCCCAGGUGGCGGCCCCAGACGAAGCGACGACAGACGCGGAGAGCACCGCGGCCCCGACGACAGCGACCGAGGCGACGGUCGUCUCGAGCCGUGCUGCCGCGUCCCCUGGUCCCGUGGAGAGCGGGUGGCCUGCGGUCAUUGACGGUGCGCCCCUCGUUGCCGUCACGGUGCCGCUGCACGCCAUCACCAAGGUCGGCAGAGAGGGCUCCGACCGCGCGGGGUACCGCGUCGACGUGGUCGUGCCCUCCGCUAUUGGGGGCAAGGCCGGCGCGCUCCGUUUCGAGUUUACGGCCGACUGGCUCGGCGCCAAGGCCGAGUCCGAGGUCCUGUGCACCAGUAUCGAGACGGCCAUCGCCAACGCCCCCGCGCCCAACCACGCGUUCCAGCUCGGCGCGGACAAGCACUACGACCCCGAGUGGCAGGACAAGGUGCGCGGCAAGUGGUAG